UAUUUGCAAUGUUGCCGUCUGGUAGUGCCCAGCUGUCCGAUCGACAGGUCGGCUGUCUGUAGUUUUGUUGAAUUUGUUCCAAAAUGGGAAUAUUUUUGUUUCUACUUUUUCUGAUCGUAGUUCAAGAUGGCGAGUCACAAGGGUCAGACAGCAACCAAUACCACAACAACAAUCCACAGAACUGGAGGAACGGGGAAGAUCCGUCGCAGUACAGAGCGUUUGACAACUACCGUGACAGAGUAGCGCAGACUGAGGCGCAGAGGAUACAGAACUCGCAGCAGCCGCCUCCGAGCGCAAACAACUACGAGAACGUCAACAACGGACGGCCGGCAGACACAAGUACAAGAGGAAGACUCCUCGACUUCCUACAGAUAGAUGAUGUAGACUCCGGUCUCUACGACAACCCGGCCAACCUCCCGGGGAACAGUUGCACUCGCCCUUGCAAAAAAAAUGACCCUAAGGUGUGCUACUAUCGCUUCGUCUUUGAGCCGUACUCAGUGCUGGGCAAAGCUUGUAAUGACUGCCUCACCAACAUCUCUGAUUGCUUCGCCAGAGGAUGUGUGACAGCUGAUGGUUUUGAGAAAGCAGUGCUUACCAUCAACAGGCGAAUGCCUGGACCCUCCAUUCAGGUGUGUGAGGGAGAUCUGAUCGUAGUGGAUGUAAAGAACCACAUGCCAGGUCGCAGCACUGCAGUACAUUGGCACGGAGUACGUCAACGGAACAGUAAGUUCAUGGACGGAGUUCCGAUGGUUACACAGUGUCCUAUAGAGGAGUCGCAGAUUUUCCGUUACACUUUCCGCGCAGAAGAUCCCGGACUGCAUUUCUACCACUCUCAUGAUGGUCUACAGAAAGUUGACGGCAUUGUAGGAAGUCUUCUUGUUCGUCAACCAAGGACAGAAGAUCCCAACGACAGGGAGUACGACUUAGACCUACCUUCUCAUGUGAUUGUGGUACAGGAUUGGUAUCACAUGGUGGCUGACGGGAUGUUCCCCGGUCUUAGAUACAGGGAUACAGAGCAGAUGGCUGCUAGCUACCUAAUACAAGGCAAAGGACAGUACAUCAUGGCGGACGGCACCAGGCUGGCCAACACUCCCAUUGCCGAGUUCAACGUGACCCGAGGCAGCCGUUACAAGUUCCAUAUCAUCGCGGGAACCUGCUUCGAAUGUCAAUACGUGUUCACCGUACAGAACCACGAUAUGGUCAUCGUCGGGGGAGACGCUCAACCAACCAAACCCUACAGGGUCAACAGCCUCACCAUGUCCCCUGGGGAGAGAUUCAGUAUAGUGAUCAAUGCAAACCAAAGGGUCGGAGCUUACUGGAUGCAAGUCAGGACUGUAGGACUGUGCAGACACAUGAGAGCCAAUCAGGUUGCUGUGUUAAGAUACCAAGGAGGACCACAACGACCCUCGACUGCACCUCCCAACCAUCUGGAAUCUAGCGUCAACAGAGUUGGGAUCACAGUAAACCCAAUCAAUUCCAACUGCACGGCUCGCUCCAGGCAAAGACUAGGUCCGUGUGUCGCAGACUUGAGAGGCGUAAGGAACGCCCCUUCACGAGUGCUCGCCAGACGACCUGACAUGAGAAUCGUCUGGGCGUUCGGAUUCUACUUCUUUACAGACGAGGAACUGUUCAAUGGGAGAAAAUAUGAUAGAUUUUUACAGUCUCCAUUCGACCCAGUUGGAAGCACUGUGAACGGGAUAGUCAACAUGUUCCCCCCCUCCCCUAUCCUGUCGCAGCCGCGGGACGUUCCCCGGAACAUCAUCUGCCCUCCGGAAGGUUAUCGAUCCAACACCUGGAACACCGUACACAGAGAGUGUGUGCAUGUGAUGAAGGUUCCAGCCAACAGUGUGGUGGAGAUAGUGGCCAUUGAUAUAGCUAAGUACGAUCAGGCUGGUAUUUCCCAUGCCAUCCACCUCCACGGCUACGACAUGUACAUGGUGGAACAGGGUGUCAUGCCGCAGGGAGUGCCUUUCAACCAAUCCUAUCUGCAGCUGAUGAGGUAUCUGGACUCUGACAGAAGGCCACGUAUUCCUCAAGACCUCGCCACAAAAGAUACUUACCCUCUCACGGCUGGAGGCUACGCUGUCACUAGGAUUGUUACUGAUAACCCAGGCUACUGGUUCUUCCACUGUCAUUUUGCCUACCACCUGGAUUCUGGAAUGAGCGGUAUCCUGCAGGUAGGAGAGGCUAACACCUUCCCUCGUCCUCCGGACAAAUUCCCGACUUGUGGGGACUUUCUUCCUGUACCUCCAGGACUAUAAACAUAUUGAAACAAGUUCACCCAUCUCAGGUCAAUUUGAAUUAAAAGAAUGUUAAAACA